CUCACACAGUUGAAGACACAGACAAGAAAAAGUCACAGCGCCGGGAGCAGAACUGAUCUAUAUUUAUUGCAUAAACCCCAUGACGCCAUGAAAGGUCAUACUGUUUUACCGUCUUAUUUCAUUCUUUGGACACUGACAGAGUUUGUCCGGUGCGAUGAAGGAUCAAAAGUUGACGUUGUUGUGAAACCGGGACCUGGGGAGAUAACGAUUUUAUGUGGUCAAAACAAUAAUGUAACAAAAAAUGGUGAGCAAGUAACAUUUCCUUUAAAAUACAAAGACCAGAACUCUGGAGAGUACGAAUGUGUGGGCAAAGAUCAAGCGGGACAAAAGACCGGAACGAAAAUCUUUGUGAAGUUCAGAUCCUGUGAAAACUGUGUGGAGCUUGAUCUGGUUUCCCUCUCAGGUCUUGCUGUUGGAAAUUUGAUGGCUACCAUUGUACUCGGAGUGGCUGUCUAUCUGGUUGCUACACAGAUGCAUGACAGUGUUACUACUUCUCAACCCAAAAGCUCUGAUCAAAGACACCUUAUUCCAAAUGAUCCAAAGAGGAGAGUCCGAAAUGAUGAGUACCAAGAGCUGAGACACAAAGGUGGUCAUAAAGACAUAUAUGAUACCCUCUCCAAUCAAUAAUACCUGCUGGCUCAACCUAAGAAAAUGUACUAUGUCCUUGAAAUUCAGCUCAAUUCAAAGUCAGUUGUCAGUCCAACUUUGCAUUAUUUUUUUUUUUUUUUACCUGUAUUAAAAUAGUUUCAGUAUCCUGUACAAUUCUCAUUGCAUUUCUUGUGUGGCAAUUUUAACAAGCAUGGCAUGAGUGGAUUCUUGCUGCUGGGUGCCUUGAAAUUCCGUGGCCACCACUCCAAGGUGUACCCUGACUCUUGCCCAGUGACAUUUGGGAAAGUCUCCAGCUCACCCAUGACCCAAAUGUGGACA